AUGGCCUGGAUUUAUGUGCUACUGCUGGUAGCUGCCCCGCUGCUACUGACGAGUGCGUUGGUGCUGCAAACGGCGUGGUGUCUGCUUCGCAACUACGCGUCAACGCGCACGAUCGGCGUGCCCAUCCGUUUCAUCCCCAUCAGCCCGCCCAACCCGUUCUGGGUACUUGCAGACCGCACAGUGCUCUCGCUCGUCCGUCGCCUGCCCGGGCCGCUCGGCAACAACAAAAUUCUCAAUGUUUUUGGACUAAACAUCUCGACUGCCGAGGGCCAAGCUUGGAAAACACAGCGGAAGAUUGCGCAGCACUGUUUCAACGAACAGAACAACGCAGUUGUCUGGGAUGAGGCACUCACCUUAGCCCGCGACAUGCUGAAAUACUGGACCUCAAAGCCUUCGGUCGACACUGCGGCCAUUGAUCUGGGCACUAUGUCCCUGCAUGUGCUCUCGCGCGCCGGGUUCGGCAAGUCGUUCAAAUUUGAGAGUCAAGAAGACAGAAUGGCUCAUGGCUCUUCGGGGACCAAAGCCGAGGCUGCAAACUACAAAGAGUCACUUCUGACCGUCGUGGAAAACUGCAUCCUGAUCGUCUGCCUGGAUGUCAAGGACGGCGGUGGGCUAACCGAGGCCGAGAUCUACGGCAACAUGUUUGUAUUCAACUUUGCCGGGCACGACACCACGGCCCAUACAUUCACGUUUGCCAUAUACUUCCUAGCGGCAAUCUCCGACGUCCAGGAGUGGCUGUCUGAGGAAAUCAAUCACGUCUGUGGCCAUCGCGCGGUCGAGGAGUGGAAUUAUCGCGCCGAUUUCCCGCGUCUAAAACGUUGUCUCUCCGUCAAGCUCGAGACUAUCCGUCUAUACAGCCCUGUUCCCGUGCUCAAGUGGACCGCAGACAAGUCACAGCCACUUCUGAUCGGCGGCAAGACCCUGGUGAUACCGCCACAUAGCAUGAUCGUGCCUAGCUACGGCUCCGUUCACACGGACCCCCGAUUCUGGGGCCCGGACUCGCUGAGCUGGAAUCCCUCCCGGUUCAUUACCAAGAGUUCCGCCAACGCCGAGGAAGAGUUUUGCAUACCUGUCCGCGGCUCCUUCGUCGGCUUUUCGGAUGGCCCUCAGGAUUGUCCGGGUCGCAAGUUCGCGCAGGUCGAGUUGGUUGCGACCAUGGCUGUGCUCUUCGGAGGGGACUGGCGAGUAGAAUCAGCCCCGAAGUACGCCGGAGAGGGCCCCGAAGCCGCCCGCAGGCGUGUCCUAGACCUCAUAGAGAGCGACUCAGGUCCCGUCCUCCUGCUCUAG